AUGGGAGGCCUUGGAGUUUUUGCCAUUUUCGCGCUCUUCAAGGUGGAUUUUUCGAAUCAGCGCCUUGAAUUACCCCAGGCCAACCGUGUAUAUUCGAUUAUUGACCUCAACUCGUCCCGAAUCAGCGACUUGCGAACAAGAGAGAAGGAUUCAUUAAAAAAUUGUUCUGUCCGUGUAGCGUUACUGCCAGGCGUAGCAGAGCGCGAAAGUUGA